AUGGAGCUCUCAUAUUCUUCCCCAGUUAACAUCACUACAGGGAGUAUUAUGGAGCUCUCGUAUUCUUCUCCACUUAACAUCACUAUCUUCACUCUUGUUCUUGUAGUUUUCCUUUAUAAUUUCAUACAUCACCUAACUUCCCCGCGAAAAACCAAACUUCCUCCGGGAAGUUUCGGAUGGCCUAUUAUCGGCGAAAGCUAUGAAUUCCUCUACGGAAACUCCCAAAAAUUCAUAGGCGACAGAAUGAAGAAGUACUCUCCCAAAGUCUUCAAGACAAAACUGCACGGUGAGCCUACCGUCGUGCUCUGCGGUCCGGCCGGCCACAAAUUCAUCACCGUCAAUGAGGAGAAGCUUUUCCGGACGUGGCGGCCGUACUCCCUCCAAAAGCUCUUCCGCGCCCCAUUCCUCCCGGACACCAAGGUCGUCAUCCCACGCGAAACCUUGGUCCAUGUGACCAAGGCACCGGGUUUCAUCAAGACCGACGCCCUUAUCGAGUACGCGGGAAAAAUGGAUUCCAUGAUUCAACAACAAUUCAAGUUGCACUGGCGGGGAAAACCAGAAGUGAAGGCCUACGAGCUCCUCCACAGAAUGGCGGCGAAUCUAUCGUCCCGGUUCUUUUUAGGCCUGGAGGAGAAUGAUCCUCGGAUGGAGAAGUUCGCUAUGCUGUCAUUUGGCAUGACGCAGGGCCUCAAUUGCAUCCCCAUCAAUUUCCCGGGAACUCGGUUUUACCGAGCGAAGAAAGUUGCGGAGACAAUGAGGAAGGAGGUUCUGCAGAUCAUUAAGGAGAAGAAAGCUGCCAUGUGCAGCGGAGUCCAAACGAAUGACAUUUUGUCACAUAUGAUGCUCAGCGGCAACUCGGAGACUGGCCGGUUCAAGACGGAGACAGAAAUCGCAACCAUGUCCUCAGCCGUGGUCGUGUCCGGAUUCACCACACCUUCCACUGGUCUAUCCAUUAUCAUGAAAUACAUUGGAGAAAGACCUGAAAUUUAUAAUAAAAUCCGUGAAGAACAAAUGGAGAUUAGUAGCUCCAAGAAGCCAGGAGAGUUGCUUAAUUGGGAGGACAUUCAGAAGAUGAAGUACACAUGGCACACAGCACUCGAAGUGAUGAGACUCCGACCACCAUUUCAAGGAGCAUUCAGAGAGGCCUUGAGCGACUUCACUUAUGAAGGUUACACCAUCCCAAAGGGUUGGAAAGUGUAUUGGACUGUUACUACCACAAACAAUAACCCGGAGUGCUUUCCAGAACCUGAAAAGUUCUCUCCGACGAGGUUUGAGAGUCUUCCACCUUACACCUUCGUCCCAUUUGGUGGUGGAAUUCGAAUGUGCCCCGGAAAAGAGUACACUCGACUAGUGAUGCUCACUUUUCUCCACAAUGUCGUCAAAUAUUUCAAAUGGGAGGUGUUGGCUCCUAACGAGGACAUGAUCGGCACCGUCCUCCCUGUGCCGAAAAAUGGGUUCCCCAUCCAUCUCCAUCCUCUGUCAACAUAAGCAAAGCCACAACUACAAUUUCGACGCAAUGGUGUUUAUGCUAGCUCGUACUUUUUAUGAACCUAGUAGUGUGUGUGUGUGUGCAGAUUUAAUAUUGUAACCACGGUUGUUAUGGUCCAGUACUGUAUCUGGCUAAGUCUCUGUUUGUUAGAAUUAUGUUAUGAUGUAUUCCGUUCUUG